AGUGCGCGGAACAGCAGCAGCCGAGUGGAUGAGGAAGCGAGCCCCAGUCCAGCUGUUUAAAGCCUAGCCUAGCGGAUGUGUCCCGUUUGCGUUAGCUUGGAGAGUGUGGAUUAAUCAUCAUGUCGAAGAACACCGUCUCCGACCGAUUUCGCAAAGUGGAUGUGGAUGAAUACGACGAGAACAAGUUUGUAGAUGAGGAGGAUGGAGCAGAGAACCAGCUGGGACCGGAUGAAGCAGAAGUAGAUUCCCUUAUCAGACAAGGGAACCUCAUGGAAGCGUUGCAGGCGGUGCUGAAAAACCCACCAAUCAAUACGAAGAAUCAGAAUGUCAAGGACCGUGCUGAGGGACUGGUGCUGAAAGUGCUCAGUUCCUUCAAGGCAAGUGACAUAGAGAAAGGAGUGCAGUCUCUGGAUAAGAACGGCGUGGACCUGCUGAUGAAGUACAUCUACAAGGGCUUUGAGCGGCCAUCAGAAAACAGCAGCGCCAUCCUGCUCCAGUGGCACGAAAAGGCUCUCUCUGUAGGAGGUGUGGGCUGCAUUGUCAGAGUACUGACUGCACGGAAAACCGUCUAAACACCGACUGCUCCACACCGCAAAUGGAAAACCACGGGAGGGACGCACCUGCCUGUACAUUCAGAACAAAGACGAGAUUUUUACAGGGUGCUGCGAACAACUCACAUCUCACUUUGCUUUCUUUCUCUCCACCUCAGUCUGCCUCUUUCACUCAUUCUCUCUCUGUAUUGCUCUCCUACACAUAGCAUACACGUGCCAUUAACUUUAAUGAUCCUUUUAGCUUCACUCAGGAAGGCAUCGCACCUUACACAUUCAAGCAGUGCAUUAUGAUUUGAAAUCGGUUUGACAUUUCUGAAAACUUUUUUUUUAAAUAUGAUUUAAAGUUUCUAUACGUCUCCUCAUGUCAGGUUAGGGUUAAUAUGUUACAGUAGCACCAGGCUUCCAUCUGUUGCAGCCAUUUCAGCCCUUAAUGCUGUAUUCACUUUUUUUUAUACAACCAAAGGGCAUUGGCUGCUUACGACACACAUGAAUACAUUAUAUAACAAAAUGUAGGCACAUUGUAACUUUCUGACACUGCCUUCUUUGGACAGUUCUUCCUGCACCACUGGGAAUUAUUCUGAGCAAAAAGUUUUUUCCUGUCCAGGGAAUGAUCAUUAACCUGUUCUGGUGUAGAGUACUAAUGAUCAUGUUGUUUAUAUUACUGGUCAUUUUAUUACAUCUGUGUGUAUCUUAAAGGGGCAUUCCAUAAUAGUUAUGUUAUUUUGUAUUACUAAUCUGUAGAGCUGUAAUGCAUCUCCCAGCGAUUUGACAGAACUUACAACUGUCACAUUUUAGCUCAUCAGAGGCUCUCUUCUCUGUCACUUUAACUCACCAUGGGUUAUGCAAAUCUAUGGAAUCAUUAGGACUCGAUCAACCAUUCAUUAAUACUAUGGACCUCUUCUGAAUCAUAAUGCUAGUGAAAAAAGAAACAAGUUCCUUUUUUUUAAAAAAAAAAAAAAAUCAAACGUAAUUCAGUUGAGGAAUGCUGAACAUACCCAGGUGUGUGAAAAUCAUGGUUCUUGAGGUGCUGUGGAAAGGAAUUUAAAGACACCUUUCCAAACCUGAAAAAAUGUAUGGAAUUUUACAAGUAUAGAUAUGUCACUUACAUACAAUAUUUAGGUGCUAAAUCUAUUGUCUUUAGACAUUCUCUUAUCUUAUGCAUCAAGGCAGCCUCUGAAAUUUCUACAGCAUUUUCCUUUUAAUGAAUUACCAAGAACAAAUAAGUUGGAAAAAAAAAUCAAUAUGGAAAAAGUAGGAACCCUGAAACAGGAAGAGUCAAAAGCUAAUAGGUGUUAAUACACCAGAAAAUCAUUAGGUCAUUAGGUUUGUUUCAUGACACAGACAGCUUUAAACCUAAAAUGUUUCAGAUAGCUGAAGAAGAUUCAAAAGAUAAAUUUAACAGCGCCUUCAGGAGUUUCUCAGACCAUGUCAUGGCUGUUAGAGGUGAGAAGACGGGUUUAUAACGUGUCUCAGUGCAUAAAUUGUUUUUAUUUUGCCUGGAAUGUCUCUUCAAGCUCCUAAGCACUUACUGCCAAUUUAAAAAAAACAAUCAGUUUGGUCUGUAAAUGCUUUUGUCUGUACUCAAUCAUUCUCAUAGUCAGAUCGCUGCUUUAAAAGCAGACCUUCACUGUUUAAAACACACAGAACAAACAGACGUGUCUCUCUGACUGCUCUUGUGACCAAGUGCAAACACAUUCUACAAACCAAACUGGUGUACAACUGCCUUAUUAAGUAUUCCUUUUUUAUGUUUGUGCUUUUGAAAAUGAAUAAUAAAGAUUUAUACAUACGAUCAAA